ACUCGCAUUUAUUAUUUUUGUAGCAUUUCGGUUCCUUGAAUCCUUCCGCUCGACGUUUUUUUUUUUUCUAAUAAUGAUUACAGCCAGUUCAUUGUUUAUUCUGAGUUCAUUAUUAUCUGUGCCAUUGCAUUUCUGGGUCACACGUGUGAAUGUGUUAAAUGACAUAAGGGCUCAAUAAAAGUCGUUGUUCUGUUGCGCUGAAUGGUACCGACGUCUGGAGGAAUGAUGAUGGCUACGAACAAGGCUGAUGGUGUCAAGGAUGAUCUCAGUAAGGUGAGCGACUCGGAGCUGUUUAAAUGGAACAAGGAGGACUUGAUCAAAAGGCUGAGAAAGGCAGAACACGAGAAGAUGAGCCUGAUGGUCGAACAUGGGAACAUGAUGAAAGAUGUAAACCGCAGGCUCCAGGUGCAUCUUCAUGAAAUCCGAGGGCUGAAGGAGGUCAACCAGAAACUGCAGGAGGACAAUCAGGAGCUGAGAGAGCUCUGCUGCUUCCUGGACGAUGACAGGCAGAAGGGCAAGAAGCUGUCCCGGGAGUGGCAGCGGUUUGGCCGCUAUACGGCCACCGUGAUGUGGCAGGAGAUGGCUUUAUAUCAGCAGAAGUUGAGGGAGCUGGAAGUCAAUCAAGAGACCAUGGUGCAGGAGAACAUGGAACUGAAGGAGAUCAUCCUCAUGCUGGAUGAGCAGCGGAGUGGAGCUGGCUCCAGAAGCUCAAUCGACAGUCAGUCCAGCCUGACCAAUCUAAAUGGGGGUUCCGGCACGGUUCGGGAUGUCGGGGAUGGGAGCAGUACCUCCAGCACAGGCAGCACAGGCAGCCCAGACCACCACCACAGCCACACGCACAAACCAGGGGAUCCCAAGGCGGGGGUUGAGAGAAGGUCUAUGGAGGACCUUUGUGGUUCUGCCCACCACCAGAGCAUCCCCAAUGGACUUGAUGAUCCGUCUUCCAACUACAUCAGCCAACUAGAAACCAAGGUUCGGAUUUUGGAGGACGACAACAAGAAGCUCCUGUCACAGCCCCGUAGCCGGUAUAGUUUACCAAAGAUGCCACUAAAGCAGAGCACUGCUACUGGCCUGAGGCCUCUGCGGAAAGGCCUCCCUCUGUGCCACUCCGAGUCGCAGCUCUCUUCCCUGGCACAGACCCAGGAUGGCUUACAGAACAGUAAUGCCAGACUUCCAGCCAGUGCCUCCACGAAGCCCAGCUACCUCCCAGCAGCACAGAAGCCCGAGGCAGUGGUCCACGCUAUGAAGGUCCUUGAGGUCCAUGAAAACCUGGACAGGCAGAGUCCUGAGGAUUACGAGGAAGACCUCAGUGAGAAAGAGAAGGCCAUUGUUCGGGAGAUGUGCAACGUGGUUUGGCGCAAACUGGAGGAUGCUGCCAGCUCCAAGCCGUCAAUCCGGCACCACUUGGCAGGGAACCAGCUCAAAGGACCCCAGUAACUCGAUCACAACAAUGAGAAGUUGGAAUGAAUACUGGGACUGAAACAGUUUCUUCCAAAAUCAGUUCUGCACUCACUGCCUAAUAACUACAGAUUCUGCCAGCCUUUCAUUUUGAUGGACUGUAAAAGUCCUUGCUAGACCAAACCACGUUGUCUUUUUUGUAUCGAUCAAGUGUUUAAGACUGGCAGCUAGUUUUAAUUUUCAUCCUACAGGUGCUGACUGAAGGAGUACAGAGCACUAAGCUCAUGUAUGUAACACUUUCUGAAUAGAGAUCUGCAUGUUUGAUG